CUAAGUCUAUUUUUUUUAUCUCUCCAUCUCUCUAAAUUGCAAAAAAAAUCUCUCCAUUUCUCUUUGAUCAAUACAAUCCACCCUCUGAGAUAAGCCGCUCAAGUUCGAAUUUAACCAACUGAAGUAGUGGGUUACGAGUUGGAGCUUCUUUCGCACUCGUCGUUAUCACCAUACUUUGCAGAUUGCAGCCGUCGCUGCAAACCUCCGCCCGAUUUCUUCCGCACCACCGAUACAUUUUCAGUUUCUGCGAGGCAUCGUUGAUUUCCAGCAUUUGGGCGUUUCCUUAUUAUUUGGUUAAGCUUUUUGAGGGCAGGAUGGAGGGGAAAGGGGAUAGCGUGAGGGAGGAGCGAGUGGUGGAGGCGAGAGCAAGAAAUAUCAGUCACAACGUUAGGUGCACUGAGUGUGGCAGUCAAUCCAUCGAAGAUUCUCAAGCUGACAUUGCAAUUCUUCUCCGCAAGUUGAUUCGAGAUGAGAUUCGAGUGGGAAAAAGUGACAAAGAGAUCUUCAAAAAACUGGAGGACGAUUAUGGUGAGACAGUGCUUUAUGAACCAAAAUUUGAUCUUCAGACAGCGGCAUUGUGGCUAUCACCGCUUAUUACUGCUGGUGCUGUUGGAGGUGUUUGGGCUUUCCAAAGACACAGGAAAAAGACCAAUGUACACAUCAUGGCUUUGAAUCUCAUUAGGGGGGUCCCGCUAACACCUAAGGAGAGGGAGACCAUGCUUAAUAUCCUUACCCCACCCCCUUCUCAUCAUUCUCCCUUGUAUUGGUGGAAGAGAUUGAUUGGUCAUUGAACUUGAAGAAUAUGAUUCCCAUUCAAAAGAUGUUCGCCUUUGGCUGUGAAGUUUGGUGCAAAUGUGCAAUGGAAUAUAUACUCUUCUUUAAGUCAUCAUCUUCUAAUGAGUAUUCAAGUUCUUGUUAUUAUGCAAGGAUUACAGUUUGGAAUCCUUGGAUAUGUGUUCACUUCUUCAUUGUCAUUUUCCUCUAGUUGAUCUAUAUAUUUUAUACGGAGUAGUUGUCAUUGCGUGUUCUUUAGCCAGCUACUUUGUGCCUAUGUAAAUAAAUACUGUGUUUGUCCCAAACAGCUCAGGCUCAGUUUAAAUGAAGGGUUUUGGAGAUCUUAAGACCUGUUAUGUUUCCUGUAAAAAAUUGACCUGGUCUGAGACUGAGUAUUUCUGGUGCAGUCUGAAUAGUUCCCGUAUGGCUUGAUAUGGA